AUGCAGGUCGUUACAAGAAGUUUAUUAACAGCUCCUUUCAAGAUCUCUCAAAAGCUGCUGCAGCCUGUCUCGCUGUCAUCCCUCACUCCACCCCAUGCCUUCUCAAGAGACAGCGUAGUCUCCUUCCAGCUCUCCAGUGCCCCUCCCAACCUUUCUGUGCCGCAAUCCCUCCCCUCGCUCCGUACACUUGCUCCCUCCCCUCGCUCCGUACACUUGCUCCCUCCCCUCGCUCCCUUCGCUCGCUCCUUCCCUGCCCUCCCUUCGGCUGCUGCAGCCCCCCUCGUCGCCAUCACUGCUGCCCUGCACACAUACCCUUGUCAGGGUUUAUGGCGUUUUCAUCUGUGCACGAGAUCUAAUUACAACCCCUCUGUGCGAUUCAAUGGUAAUGUGAUUCUGAUGGGUGCGUUUCGAUUUGACUGA